AAAAGAGGGCAGGAAGGAGGUGGUGACAUUUCCAGUACUUGUCUUAGGAAGCAACCUCAGGCUUGAACCUGUGGUGACCAUUCAGAUGCAUGAAGUGUGAGGAAGCUGCUUCUGUUCUAACUGCUCUCUGCUCUGUGGUGGCAUGUUGUAGCUGCUGUUUGACCGACUUCAACAUUUGGACUUUCUGAAAACAAUUUAUUUCACUCUUUUCGUCAGGAGCGUAGCUCCCUCCAGGAUCCGAUGAUUACAGGGCAGCUGAGCAAGCCGCUGCUCUCCCUGCGCAGCAACAUGAGCGCAGCAGAACUCCGGGCGGACGACAAAGUGGCCACUCCAGACAGCGAGCUGAACGACGAGACCCUGCUCCUGCCCUCUGAGGCCACGGACAGAGCGGGGACCCCCAACAAGCUGUACGGAGCUCGGGACGGUUCGGUCCAGUCUGAUGCCAGCAGCAGUCCUUCAGAGCAGAGUCACCUGGGACAGCCUCACCCAGGAUAUCCAAUGGGUCCACAGUCUUUGCUGGUGGCGCAGCAGCUGGCCAAUGCUGUAGGUGGCGUGAUGUCUGGGGCAGCACCAGGCAUGAACCAGCCCAUCCUCAUCCCCUUCAACGCAGGCGGACACCUUGGCGGGCAGCAGGGCCUGGUCCUCUCGCUGCCCACAGCCAACCUCCAGAGCCUGGUGGCUGCUGCUGCUGCGGGGGGCAUCAUGACGCUCCCGCUCCAGAACCUGCAAGCUACCUCAUCACUCAGCUCCCAGCUCCAGCACCUGCAGCAGCUCCAACAGAUGCAGCAGCACCACCAGCAGCAACAGCAACAACACCAUCAGCAGCAGCAGCAGCAGCAGCAGCAACAGCAGCAGCAACACCAUCACCAACAGACCCACUCCCACAGCCAGAACCAGCUGACAUCCCAGCAUCACAUAACCCCACCCAGCCAGCAGCAAUCCUCCGUUCCAUCUCCAGGCUCAGCCUGCUCCUCCACCUCUGGGCAGCCUCAGCAGUCUCCACCUCACAGACCAAAUCACUCACCGGCUCGCAGCCUUCCUUCUCCCGUCACUCCGCCCAUACCUUUGCCGCUGAAUCCUCUGGCCAGCCAGGCAGCAGUAGCAGCGGCAGCAGCCAUGGGUUCAAUCGCUGGUUCUCAGGUGUUUGGCAACACCUUGUCAAACCUGCAAGGAGCCACCGGGCAGCUGGUCACCAAUGCACAAGGACAGAUAAUUGGAACAAUCCCACUGAUGCCCAACUCUGCAGGGCCCUCCAGCCAAUCAGGGGGUGGCAACCCAGCACUGCAGGUACAGCCAAUUACACCUCAGCUUCUGACCAACGCUCAAGGCCAGAUCAUCGCCACGGUGAUCGGCAAUCAGAUCCUGCCUGUCAUCAACACCCAGGGAAUCACACUGUCACCAAUCAAGCCUGGACAGCAGCUGCCUCAGGCUCAGCAGAGUCAGACAGGACCUGCAUCGUCUCAGCCAAACCUGCUCCACAUGCCACACAGACAGAGUCCUCUCCACCAGGCCUCUUCCUCCUCCUCCACCUCCUCCUCUUCCUCAGCUCUCAGCGUGGGGCAGCUAGUCAGCAACCCGCAGACCGCCCCCAGCGAGGUGGACGGGGUCAACCUGGAGGAGAUCCGUGAAUUCGCCAAAGCAUUCAAGAUCCGCCGGCUGUCUCUGGGCCUGACACAGACUCAGGUGGGCCAGGCUCUCAGCGCCGCCGAGGGGCCGGCGUACAGUCAGUCUGCCAUCUGCAGACACACCAUCCUGAGAAGCCACUUUUUCCUACCACAGGAAGCCCAAGAGAACACUAUAGGUAACAGUCUGACAGGAAAACUGAACCCUGGCCUUUUAUAUCCUGCCAGGUUUGAGAAGUUGGACAUCACCCCUAAAAGCGCCCAGAAGAUUAAGCCCGUUCUGGAGCGCUGGAUGGCCGAGGCUGAGGCCCGCCACCGAUCCGGCAUGCAGAACCUGACUGAGUUUAUCGGCAGCGAGCCUUCAAAAAAGCGCAAGCGGAGGACCUCUUUCACCCCGCAGGCGCUGGAGAUCCUCAACAGCCACUUUGAGAAGAACACGCACCCGUCCGGACAGGAAAUGACGGAAAUAGCCGAGAAACUGAACUACGACCGCGAGGUGGUGCGCGUCUGGUUCUGCAACAAGAGGCAAGCGUUGAAAAACACGAUAAAGCGCUUGAAACAGCCCGAGCUCGGCGUGGCCACACCACUGGACCCUCUCACCGAUUCUCUAGAGGAGCUCCCGAAAUGAUCGAGCUCUCUGGACGACAUUUGCAACGACAACAAAACAAAGAGUGGAGAAGUGGCGGCCGCGAGAAACGACGGAAAGUGGACGAACUUAUCUUGACGCGAAAGGCGAAACGGACAUGAUGACGGACAGUCACGAGUGUGCAAAUGAAAAACUUUUGUGUUGUCAGUGUGAUUACCACAGUUGUGUAAAUCAGUGAUUCCCAAACACUGGGUCGGGACCCACAGGCGCGUCACGGGAGAUGUUUUUGCGGCCCUCAACGACAACAAAUUUGCCCCCAACCUUUUUUAGUUUAGAUUAAUGUGUAUACGUUUUUUUAAAAAAAAAACAUUCCUUGGAAAUGAUUCUGUUACCAACUCACAGUGAUAUUCAGGCUGUAAUUAUGCACUUAUUUGAGAUUUUGGGUCAAAGUUGUUUGCCGUCUUUAAAAAAAGUGGGUCCCCCGUGAAAAAGAAAGUUUGGGAAACACUGGUGUAAAUGACCUUGCAAGGCAAAAAC